AAUGGUGUGUCUCUAAGUUCAAUAUGGAUCCAGAAAAAGUAGUCUUCACUAGAAGAAAAACAGAUCUACAAAGAGUUAACAGCUUAAAGGGCCUGGAUUAGUGUCUCCUUGGGCCAGCAGGAGGACAAGAGGAUUGGAAGCAGGAGUAUUAGAGACAGCAGGAAAUCCAGAGGGAAGAACUGCACAGAACUCUCUGGAAGAAGCCAAGAUUUGUCUUCUAGGAUCUCUUACAGCCUGAUAACUGAGGUAAUGAUACAUCUACUGGACCAUAUACCAGAAGAUCUGCCUGUUAGAGACACAGAUGACUCGAGUCAUCUGUUGGAAGGGGCUUCAGGUAAGAGUGUGAAGUCUCAGUCACAGGUGGGCAGGAUGAGCCAGGAGGAACGGAACUACAGACUCUUUCAUCUUCAUGAGGAGCCCAUAUUGGUGAAGGAACGAGAAAAAAGCAAAAGGCGAAAGAGUACAUUCCAGCAAUCCACAACUCCCCAACCAACCCUGCGGGCACCUGCUGCGCUCCCACAACCUGUGAGGCAGCCAAGGUCCUCCUCAGUGCCUCAGCGCCCUUCGAUUCCCAAGAAAAAAUCGCGUCCACAGAGGCGGUGUCCCUCCAGCGCGGCAGGCAGCGUGCAGCCUCGAGUCCACGCGGGACGAAGACUGUCCCACACACCUGGGCCAAAAGACAGGCACAGCUAUAAGGUGCCUCCCACAUUCAAGGGCUAUUUGGCAGAUGAAGCCAACAGACUUGAACUCACCAGUGAACCCAGCCAACUUGUUCCCGUUAUGGCUACUACACAAGUAGAAGAGCCACCCAGGUCUCCUGAGAGAGUGCCCAGAGAUGAAAAGCUUGCUCAGAGAAGCUCAGUGGAGUGUGCUCGGAAGGCUGUAGAGCUGCGAGCUUCCAUUAAGGAGAAUGUGGAGCUGAUCCGACUUAAGAAGCUCUUAUAUGAAAAGAAUGCCUCGCUGGCAGCCACAGAAGCCCAAUUAACACAAGUUCAAGAGGCAUAUGAAGACUUGCUCCAGAAGAAUCAAGGGGUAUUGAAUGCAACCCAUGAUGCCUUCCUCAGCCAAGUGAAUGAGCUCAAGGCAGAGCUGACAGAAGAAAGCAAGAAGGCCAUGAGCUUGAAGAUGCAACUGGAAAAUGUGUCUAUCUUGCAGAUAACGCUGAAGGAGUUUCAGGUCAGAAUUGAAGAUUUGGAAAAUGAACGAAAAUUGCUGAGGGACAGUUAUGACAAACUCUUAGAAAACAUGCUGGACAGCAGUCAUCCACCUCCCUGGAGCAGUGAGCACACCAGAGAGCAGCUACCGCAGCCAGCCAGCCCACUGCAGGACCAACUGGUCGCUGGACUGGAGGAAACAAAAGUCUUAUUCCAGGAAACCAACAAGAACGCCCAAGAUGAAGAUCUGAGGCUCAAAGUCACCAACAUCUGUUACCAGCAUAAAUGGGAAGAAGAGGGACUCCAGACAACAGCCACAGCGCCCCAGUCUCCAGAAGGGCUAUCUGAACCAGCCUCUCAGCCCACUCUGCUCCUACAGAGAGAUCAGAGAGAGUUCAAUGAACCAAAAGCUCCAGAAGAAAACCUGUCUCAGAUGCUAAGCGAGUUGCAAGUGUCGCACGCAGAGACCACACUGGAACUAGAAAAGACCAAAGACAUGCUCUUUCUGCAGCGCAAAAUCAACAUGUGUUAUCAGGAGGAGCUGGAGGCAAUGAUGACAAAAGCUGAUAAUGAAAGUAGGGACCACAAGGAGAAACUGGAGAGGUUGAAUCACCUCAUAGACCUCAAGAACAACCGCAUAAAGCAACUGGAAGGUAUUUUAAGAAGCCACGGCCUUCCAACAUCUGAGCAGCUCAGAGACGUUGCUUACGGCACCUGGCAACCGUCACUGUGUCUGGAGUCUAUGCCAGCCCACAGAGGUGAGGAUGAAGUGGACAUUUCUCUGCUGCGUCAAAAUGAAAAUCUUUUUGAACUGCACAUUCAUCAGGCCUUCCUGACACCUGCUGCCCUUGUGCAGGCUGGAGACACCCGACCUACCACUUUCUGCACUUAUUCCUUCUAUGACUUUGAAACCCACUGCACCCCACUUUCUGUUGGGCCACAGCCCCUCUACGAUUUCACCUCCCAGUUUGUAGUGCAGACAGAUUCCCUUUUCUUGCACUACCUUCAAGGAACUUCAGUCCGGCUCGAUCUGCAUCAGGCUGUGGCUAGUGAGCAUCAUAUCCUUGCCACUGGAUGGAUUUCAUUUGGCAAGGUGCUAGAGACUGUGGAGAGAGUCCAUGGCUCAGCUGCACUUACUGGAGCUGGUGGAGAAGACUUGGGGGUGUUAGAGUACUGGAUGAGGCUGUGCUUGCCCCUAAAAUCCAGUCUCCAGGCAUGCAAUAAGCAAAAGAAAGCCCAGGCCUACCUGUCAGUCAAUGUGCUUGGAGCUUGGAAGGCCCAGAAGGAUGAGUCCAGAUCCGAGACUUGGACACCUAGGAACGAACUGCGGAUUGAAAUCACCGGGUGCUGUGGCCUCCGGAGCCGGUGGCUGGGAACUCAACCCAGUCCAUAUGCCAUGUAUCGCUUCUUCACCUUUCCUGACCAUGACACCAACGUCAUCCCAGCCAGCAACAAUCCAUACUUUAAAGACCAGGCUCUGUUCCCAGUGCUUGUAACCUCUGACCUGGACCAGUAUCUGAGGCAGGAGGCCUUGUCUAUAUACGUUUUUGAUGAUGAAGACACAGAGCUGGGCUCCUAUCUUGGCCGAGCUCACAUACCCUUGCUGCUGCUGGCACAAAACAAACCUAUCAAAGGUGAUUUUGAUCUCAUGGACUCUUCGGAGAAGACCAGCGGGUCCAUCAAAGUGCAACUAGACUGGAAGUCUCACUACAUGCCCCCAGAGGUCCCCAAACCAGAAGCUAAGACAGAGGAGAAGGACACCAAAGAUAGCUUGGAGGCCUCAACCACCGAGGAACCAGUUCCUUUUCUUCCCCAGGACCAGAUGGCAUUGACAGAGAUUCCCAUUGAGGCUGGCCAGUGUCAAGUGAAGAGAAAACCUCCUCCAGUAGCACAGAGGAAGGAAAAAGAGCAUCAGGUUGCAAGCUAUACAAGAAGAAAACACAGUAAAAGGACAGGUGUCCAAGGCAAGAACCGAAUGGAAUAUCUGAGCCGUAACAUCUUGAAUGGAAACACACUGCAGGUGCAUUACACUGAGUGGAAGUUCUCAGGGCUCAAGCUGUCCCAGGAUAAUGGCUUUAAAAUCCAGGACAAGAAAGAGAAAAGUCUGCCAUCCCAUCCAGCACUGAGACAAGAAGAUCCCUCAUAUCCUACAAACGCUUGUCCUCCAGCAGCUCAAGAAUCCUCUGGACAGACUUCAGAAGCAAGUGAAGUACAAACUACAGACAGUGAUGACAUCAUAGUGACACCCCAAGCUCAGAUGUGUCCUAAAGCUGAUUCAGAGAAGAUGUGCAUUGAGAUUGUGUCCUUGGCCUUCUGUGCAGAGGCUGACGUCAUGUCUGAUGAGAACAUACAGCAGGUGUAUGUGGAGUACAAAUUCUAUGAUCUGCCUCUCUCCGAGACAGAGACUCCAGUGUCCCUGAGGAAACCCAGGGCAGGAGAAGAAAUCCACUUCCACUUUAGCAAGGUGAUAGACCUGGACCCAGUGGAACAACAAGGCAGAAGGCAGUUUCUAUUUGCCAUGCUGCAAGCUCAAGAUCCUGAUGAGGGACGUUUAAAGUUUACAGUGGUAAGUGAUCCUCUGGAUGAAGAAAAGAAAGAAUGUCAAGAUGUAGGGUAUGCGUACCUUGAACUGUGGCAGAUAUUUCAAUCUGGAAGAGAUAUCCUAGAGCAAGAACUAGAGAUUGUCAGCCCUGGAGACCAGGCCAUCCAAAUUGGAAGGCUGAAGGUUUCCCUUCGAGCAGCUGCUGCCCUCCAUAGCAUUUACAAGGAGAUGACUGAAGAUUUGUUUUCAUGAAAGAACUACUCCACUCUAAGAUUUGAGGGAAUCACAGUGAGAGUCUCUUAUAAAGUAACAUGCUAUGCCAUAAA